AUGAUCCUAAAGUCUGUUGUGUUGCUCGUUUGCCUUGGAGCAGGAUUGCUCCAGGCAGAGCCUGUUCGUUUCGAUAAUUAUCGAGUGUAUGAAAUAUCCAUCGGCACCCAGAAACAACUCGAAACCUUCCAGUAUAUGGAGCGUUAUCCGGAUGGAUACAUCUUUUGGGAAUCUCCAGUGCAAACGAACAUGAACAUCAAUUUGGUUGUUCCUCCGCAUAAAGUGGCCGAGUUCGAAGAACUGAAACAGCAUCUCGAUUUCGAGAGCCGGCUGAGGAUCGAGAACGUGCAGAAGCUCAUUGACGAAGAAAGUCCCCAAAAGUCUAGGCGCGCAUUCGAUUGGGCAGGCUAUCACACUAUGGAAGAAAUGUACAUCUGGAUCAACGAUCUGGUGACUACGUAUCCGACCAUCCUCUCGGUGGUAUCCAUUGGUCAGUCAUACGAGGGGCGGGAAAUGAUCGCUCUCAAACUGUCCUACAAAACGG